AUGAGCUACUCAAACGACGUGAUUGCCAGACAAAACCCAGUCCUCGUCAUUGACAAUGGUACUGGUUUCACCAAGAUGGGCUAUGCAGGUAAUAGUGAGCCAAACUACAUCAUUCCAACCUGUAUUUCACACAAUCCAAAAUCUCUCGAUAAAGGUCUGGAGGAUUUGGACUUUUACAUUGGAUACGAAGCACAAGAAAAGCAAGGUGGAAACUAUGACUUGGUUUAUCCAAUGAGACACGGUUUGAUCGAAGACUGGAGCAAGAUGGAAAUGUUGUGGGAACAAUGCUUCUUCAACUAUUUGAAGUGUGAGCCUGAGGAUCACUACUUGAUGUUAACAGAACCUCCACUCAACCCUCCAGAAAACCGUGAAUAUACUGCUGAAAUCAUGUUCGAAACAUUCAACGUGUCCGGUUUAUAUAUUGCUGUUCAAGCUGUUUUGGCUUUGUGUGCAUCAUGGACAUCUUCCAAGUCAAAGAAGCUCGGUUUGGGUGGUACUUUGUCUGGUACUGUGAUUGACUCUGGUGAUGGUGUUACUCACGUCAUUCCUGUUGUGGACGGAUAUGUUAUUGGUUCUAGUAUUAAGCACAUUCCAUUGGCUGGUAGAGAUGUCACCGAGUUCUUGAUGCGUUUCGUCAUGGACCGUGAGAAGAACAUUCCUUCCGAAGACAUCAAGUUGGCUGUUCAAAAGAUCAAGGAACAACACUGUUACGUAUGCUCUGAUUUGGCAAAGGAGUUUGCCAAGUUUGACACAAAUCCUUCUGAAAACAUUCUCAAAUAUUCACAAGAAAAUAAGAAGUAUGGUAAAUGGGAGAUUGAUGUUGCAUACGAAAGAUUCUUGGCUCCUGAAGUCUUCUUCAACCCAGAGAUUUUCUCUGCUGAUUUUAGCACACCUCUUCCAGAUGUUGUUGACCACUGCAUUCAAUCUUCACCAAUUGAUGCUCGUAGAGUGUUGUACAGGAAUAUUGUCCUUUCUGGUGGUUCUACCAUGUUUGAACAUUUUGACAGACGUUUACAACGUGACUUGAAGAAGAAGUUGGACGAUCGUUAUGAAAAAGCUGUCUCAAUGACCUCCUCCGGCAAAGAGAAACCAAAGCCAUUAGAAUGUAACGUUAUUGCUCACUCACACCAACGUUUUGCUGUUUGGUUUGGUGGUUCCAUGUUGGGUACUAUGGCUGAAUUUAAGAGAGUUUGUUACACAAAGGCUCAAUACGAUGAGAUUGGUCCAUCCAUUGCUCGUAGAUCUCAAGUCUUCCAAAGCUUUGAAUAA